AUGUCCGGACCAGGCGUUGGCUACGAGUACCCUUCACAAGCCGUAUCAUGGCUGAAACGCGAUGUGCUCCUGUUCGCAGUCAGCAUCGGCUGCACGGUUGACGAGCUACACUUUAUCUAUGAACUUCACCCCAACUUUGCCGUCUUCCCAACCUACUCGAUCAUUUUGCCGUUCAAAAAGACAACUCAGGAAGUAAUAGAUUUUUACGCGGCACAAGAAUCGAACCCAAUCCCAGGCAUCCCGAAACUCGACUCGAGGCGAGUCGUAGACGGCCAACGGCUGAUCCAAUUCCUCAAACCGCUCCCCACCACGUCCGAAGGACGCAACUUUGAACUCCGCUCCAAGGUCCUCGGGGUGUAUGACAAGGGCAAACCCGGCACGGUGGUCGAAACCGAGCAGACCAUCGUCGACAAGGACACGGGCGAAGUAUACACACGGGCCAUCGGGUCGGGAUUCUUCGUCGGCCAGGGAGGAUGGGGAGGUCCCAAGGGUCCCGCGACGGUCAACUACCCUCCCCCAAAGGGCAGGGAGGGGAGCCCAGACAAGGUGUCCGAGACUCAGCUGACGGCCGAGAGUCCGCAUUUGUACAGGUUGAAUGGUGAUUAUAACCCUCUCCACGCGACCCCGGAGCCAGGGCAGAAGAUGGGCUUCGGCGGAGCAAUCAUGCACGGCCUCUUCAGCUGGAACAGCGCGGCGCACGCGCUUCUCAAGGAACUCGGCGGCAGUGACCCAGCGAAUAUCAAGGAAUACCAGGCCCGGUUCGCGGCGCCCGUCAAGCCGGGCCAGAAACUCGUCACCAAGAUCUGGAGGACGGGCGAUGUCAAAGAAGGGGGAUGGGAAGAGAUCCGCUUCGUUACAGAAGUCGAUGGCAAGGUCGUGCUGAGCAACGGACGAGCAUUGAUGAAGUGUGUUGUUGACGGUGGUGGUGCUAAGAACACAACACGAGAGCCACCCCCCAUGUUUCUCACCAUGUUCCUCACGGUCUGA